AAAAAUGUGGCUAGAAUGUCCGGCCUGUCCGAAAUCAAGUUACCCGUGCUAUACACGAAAGGCAGCAGUGGCAGCAGUAGCAGCAGUGGCAGUAAUAGAGGUGGUAACAACAAUAACAACAACAACAACAAUAUCAAUGGUGCGAAACCUAAGAACAAUAAGUCAAGUGCCAAGAAGAUGACCGCAUCAAAAUCCAUCGUUCAAUCGGUAGACGGAUGUACGGGAAAUGGAUCUUUGGAAAGUGUCCAAGUAGAAUCAUCAUUUUCAAGUCCUGUAAGAUCUCGUAACGUUUACUAUUCUCCUAGAAGGGUUACCAAUCAGAAUUUAGAUACUACAACGAUUAAAAAGUCACCCAGGAGGUGUGUACAAUUAGACGAUCGACAGUAUUCGCAAAAUAGUUCGAAUCGUUCGCCAAGAAGACGAGAAUUAUCCUUCUCCGAAGAUUUUGAUCAAGACGAGAUGGGUUUGACUUUUGAUUUUUAUUCAAGAAACGCGGAAAACAACGAACCAUGUUUGUCAUUUCUCAAAUUCGAAUCUCUUUACACUAUGGAGAAACAAAUGUUGAUGCAACCACAGCAUUGUAUUCCUCGUUUGGAAGGAAAAAAUGUUUUUCUUGGUAGCAGGCGAGGCUUAUACACCGAAUUACCGGAUUUGGAUCCGUUGAUCCAACAGCGACAGUAUCACCAGCAACAAAUUGGUCCGAUUGGCCCAACCAACAAACUGGCCUCUCAAUUCCCAGUGGAAGGCUUCAGUUACGCACCGGGUUGGGCUCUUAAUGCUGAUCAUUUUUAUCAAUGGCAACAUCGAGGAAAAACAACUCAGCAGAUUUACACCGACUGGGCGAAUUAUUAUUUGGAACGUGGUGGUUCUAAGAGACGAGUUUCCGAUCUCCAAGCCGAUCUUUGCGACGGUGUCCUUCUUGCCGAUUUGGUGGAAGCAGUCACGAAUCAAAAAGUGAUCGACGUUAAUCGAAAGCCCAAGAACGUUCAACAAAUGGUCGAGAACGUAAACUUGUGCGUUGGAGCGCUCCGAGCGCUGGGGGCAGACGUGGGGGCAGUGAAUCCUGGAGAACUAGCAGCAGGAUCAACCCUUUGGCCGGUCCUCGCCCUGUUAUUCGCCCUCUCGCGCUACAAGCAAAGAGCGAAACAACUGCAGGAUAUGCCUAGAUUACCAUCACCGUACAACAAACAAUCGGGUGUCGGUGGUUGUGCUGGGGUUGGUCCAGGGAGUGCCACGAGCAUACCCUUACCUGCUACGGUGGCUGCAACGAGACGAUGUCCUCCAGACAAAGUAAGACCAGUUCCAACACCCACGCAUCAGUCUCCUCUCGGAGGUCUGAAGCAAGGGAAUGGUGGCGUGGGGAGUGCAAGCAGUUCGAGGAGUACCAGUCCAAGUCAACAACAGACAACCCAGACCGGUCUGUCCUUCAUUCCACAGCCCAGAAGUCAAAACACGAAUCGACAAGGCACUGGCGGCACCCCAAGUCCUAGAACGUCAGCCGUGGGCAGACCGAGUGGUAUUAGGACAACAACACAAGCAUGUCCGUAUUCCAGUAGCGGAAGCUCCACAGGGCAAAACAAAAACUCUGUUCUAGACAAGUUCAAGCUCUUCAACAACAAAGAUAAAAAUCAAGAGAGAGGAAAGGCCACGUCGGGCGUAUCGAAGCGUACGUCGAGCUCGUCCGGUUUUUCCUCGGCACGCUCGGAACACUCGGACAGUUCUACGUCGCUCUGCGAUCAGAGUAAGAUCCAAGUUGAACCACCGAAGAGUCGGGUAUUGAAGUCUAAAUUACAAUCGAGUAAGCAGACGACAAAACAAGCCAGUCCGAAGACGAUUAGGAAGGAACAGAAUAAAACGCAGAGUAGUAAGAUCGCUCGUACGAAAGCGUCGAUACCGGAGAAGUUGACGGGUUAUAGUAAUUUGCCGGUAGACGAUGUCAAGAAGGAAAGUGGCAAAAUCGCGAACGUCUGUGCUAAACUACCCAUGGACAAGAAGACCUCGAACUUGCAGGAUUUAUUGAAAAAUCAUUCGUCUACGCAAUCACAAAAAACAAACAAUCCAACGGUGGUGACAACGCCGUCCAAACAAAUCAGCCAACAAGAAAGUAAAAAUAUUUCUAACUCUAGUAGGAAUGAAUUACCGAUCAAACAGACAACGCCUCGACCGAAGAUGGAGCUUCCUGGGAAAAUAACAGAUCCAAAAGUUCAUUUACAGGCACUCAAGGUACCUCCCAACGGAGUCAACAAGGAUAUGCUCAUGCAGAAGAAUUUGUUGCCAAACGCAAACGGAAUCAUAUCACGAACGGAUCAGGAAGAUGCAAACGUUACAAAUAUGCGAAACAAUCCUAGUCCGUUCGAUCGACAUACGCAGUGUAUGAACCAAGCAAAUCUUCCGUACGAAAGGAUAGUUGAAAAGGAAAUGGACAUUAACGUUGGUGAGUCGAAUAUGGAAGAUCGAAAGCAGGACUCUUCGAUCUCGGAAACUUUAUCCGGUUCUCCAUGGAAAAUGCAAAACGCGACGACUCACGAAGAAGAGAAGAUAAUUAAGGACUCCCCGGAGGUGGAGGAAGAAGAGGAAGAGGAUGUGAAAAUAAACGGUUUGCCUGUUUCAAAUGAGUCGACACCUGGCUCGUCUCGAGAUGAUCCGAGAGGGCGAUCCAACUCGGAGAACAAAGAUUUGACGGUCAAGGACGAAAGCAUGAAUUCUGAACCACCUACUAGUCAAGUACAAAAUACGAACGUUCAUGUACACGUAUUCCCGCAAGGAAAGCAAAUACUAGGUGGUCCAUUUCAAGGACCAACAUUAUCCGUUACCGGUCCAUGUUCUAGUAUUCCUAAACCAACUGCUUUAGUGAAGGGUACUUCUAAACCACCUAAAGAAAAUAACGGGCCAAGCAUGCCGACCCCGACUAAACUCAAGGGCGAGAUUUUGCAUCGAGCCAAGCUCGACCCGAAUACGGUCGCGAUGGUAUCACCGAUGCCAAGUAUCUCAGAUCUUAUGUCUGAGAGCUCUCACAGCAAUUCCAAUAGCACGGGCCAGAGCAAUUCUAGCGACAGCAGUGUCAUUUAUCGACCAAGCAGCGAAAGUGGUAGUGAAAUAAAGACGAUACCUAAUCGAAAGAUAGACACGACCUUCGAACAAAUGGAAAAGGUUUUAUCUGAAGGUUCAACGUGCGGCAGCGGGAGCGGCGGCGGUGGUGGAGGUUCGUUGGCCGACGACGAAGCCGAGAUGACCGUGAAGCCUAUGCAACCUCUUCUUCGUGGUUACACGCCUGGUGCCAGAGCUCUGCAGACCCUGCCGAGUAGAACGACGGCGCGACAAUACACGAUUCUUCAUUCCUCCUCUCAUCAUCACGUCUCUCACGAUUACGCGGACAUUGACAUAGCCUCGGGUUAUCUCAGCGACGGCGAAGUUCUCCGAGGUGGUAUGAGCGUCGGGAGUAGGACUCUCUCCGAUCUUUGCGACGGUUACAUGUCGGAAGGUGGUGCUUCCUUGUACGCGCGUAGGAUCAAUCCCGCAUACGGUCACGAUCGCGAGAGGUACGUAGGUGGCUCGCGACGAGAAUUGUCCGGGGUUAAGGAACUGGUGAGCUCACGGAGGGUGCAGAAAAGACCGUCGGCGAACGCUGUAAGAUCGGAUGGGGCUGGAGGAGGCUGCAUCGUUGGUGGUGCUGUCGGUGGAGGUAACCUCGUUGGAGGAGCAGGAGCCCUGUUAGGUGCUUGCAGUGGUGGCAGCGACGCUUUGGCCGAACUCACCAUCGAGGAGCUGGCCUCAAUUCCGGCCGGAAAUCACACCUCCGCCAAUCACACGGGUCAUUCCACUCAUCACAAGAAAGUGCCGGGUGGCGGUGGCGUGAUCGUGGGGGGUGGCGGUAGUUCGGCCACCCCCCAAGGCGCGCAACAGAGUAACAACCUGGUAUAUCGUGUGGUGAGUUCGAGGCAUCCCGGUAGUGGUCAUCAUCCUCACACGAAAAAAUCCGAUAGCUCCCAACAGACCGAAAGUUCGGCUUUUAAGCAUCAGCAACAACAACAGGGAUCCAACGGUUCGUCCAACAGUAGCUCGAAUAGCCAGCAAUGGAGAAAGUACAUAGAAGCAGGUGCAGCGAGAGACAGAGAGAGAGACAAGGAGGGCACACCAACAAGCCCUAGUCCCUCCAGACGAUCCCAGGAUAAACAUCGGAAACAGACCAUGGCCGAAUAUGCGAAUGGCGAGAAAGCACAAAAAGUUUCCUCGGGAACGUCAACCGGCAAUAGUAGUAACAGUAGUGGCAGCAGCAAUAAAGUCAGAGGAGUUCCCCAGAGUUUUGGAUACGUGAAACGACACAGUGCUGGUACCAGUCCUAGUCCGAACGGUGUUCAGAAUGGUAGCAAAGAUGCGGCAACGAGAACAGCUCAAGUCAGUGCGGUUCCGAGAACAAAGGUUAAAGUAUCCGGUGGAACUCAAACGUGCACCACAGAACUACAAGCAAAUUCAUCGAGUUCCAAUCAAGGUCAUCAUUACAAAAGUUACAGUCUUACCGGACCGAGUGCUAGUCAACUAUCUCAAUCUGUUCGCGAUCGUCUGAUGCUCGGUUCACAGAGUCUUCCGAAACCAGGAAGUCCCGAAUUCACAGCUCUCUUUGCCGCGGCUCAUUACCGUGAAAGAGGAGCUGGUGGAGGACCCGUGAACGCCUCCUUUUCACCUCGCGUAUUAAAACCCUCCGAUGGAAGUCUCAGUGAUACCUGUAGCAAUUAUGCCGCUCCUGAUCUUCCAGGUUAUUACACUCCUAAUAGUCCUUACGCUACAUCCUGGAUGAGGCACAGCAAUACUUAUACUCCUAGUGGACGUUCGCAAGGUAUGGGAUUAUGCGAAGCCGACAGUGUAGAAUCUCUAGGAUCGCAUAGAGCGAGCUUAACUCAUGCUCGACUGCUGAUGCAUCAGAGGGACUCUACGGGAUCACCAGCUCCGCCGAGACUGAAUAGGAGUAAUUCAAUUAGCCAUCUACGGGACAGGACAUUUCCAAGAUCCACUAAAAGCGAGAAAAUGUAUCCGUCAAUGCUAGCACGAGGGAGCGGUACAUCAUCGUCUGUUGGCGAGGAAGCUGGUAUCGGAAUGGGUAUUGUCGUGGGCGUAGAACCAUACUACAGUGUCCCGGUUGGCUCAGCGGGAUGCACCGGUCAACAUUGGUCUCAACCAACUUCCCCAACACCAACCCAUACAUCUCGACAGCCACCUAAUUUGUAUCAACAUGUACACAAAGACGAUGAUAUACACGGUUCUUCCGUAUCCCUCGUGUCAACAGCUAGCAGUCUUUACAGUUCGGCGGAAGAAAAACAGGCACACGAAUUGAGAAAGUUACGAAGGGAAUUAUUGGAUGCUCAAGAGAAGGUUCAUUCUUUGACCAGUCAACUAUCAACCAACGCACAUGUUGUAUCAGCUUUCGAACAGUCCUUAUCGAACAUGACGCAACGAUUACAGCAACUCACAGCGACAGCUGAAAAAAAGGAUUCCGAAUUACAAGAGUUACGGGAAACAAUCGAGAGGCUUCGAAAGCAAAGCGCGGAGGCUGGAUUAAACAACGGACCAGGAGGAUCAGGCAAUAGUGGACGUCGGCAUACUCUUGGCGAUUCGGAUUCUGGUAAUACAGGAUGUACCGGUGGGGGUGGUAAUGGUGGACAUCAUCAAGGUUCUACAAUGGCAAGACAAUUGUCGGCGGACAGUGUCACUUCGCUCAAUUCUUUGAGCAGUGCUUGUUCCGCGAGUAGUAGUCAUCAGAAGAAGAAGGGUUGGUUGCGUAGCUCCUUUUCAAAAGCAUUCUCCAGGUCGCGAAAGAACAGGCAUGGUUCAGUUUCCGAUGCCGAGGAUUGCAAAGACGGUGCUAGUGGAGAAUUGAGCGUUCCAAAUAGCCCAAGAUUACCGACGGCAUCGAAACACGAAAACACGAGGAACCAAAGUGGCACCAGGAGCAACGGACAAAAAUCACCAGAAGCUGAAAAUCCUCUUACCGGUAGCAAGAGUAGCUCUGCAUUGUAUAAAAAGGAGGACGAGGAUGUGGACGAAUUGAAGAAACAACUUAGAGAAAAGGAUCUCGUUCUCACGGAUAUCAGAUUGGAAGCACUCUCCUCGGCCCACCAAUUAGAAUCGCUAAAGGAUACAGUCAUCAAGAUGAGAAACGAAAUGCUCAAUUUGAAACAAAACAACGAACGUCUACAGCGGCUGGUCACAUCGAAAUCUCUUACAUCCUCGCAAUCGUCUCUCCCGAGCGAUCCCGACAGGCGUUUCAGCAUGACGGAAGUAGCCUCAAGCGUUGCUGCCCUUUCCAACGGGGAGAGUAGUUCAACUGCGGAUCAAUUAGAAGAUCUCAAUGUACCGGAGCAUUCUGUCGUACCAUCAGCGACUUCAACUACGACCACGGAGCCAGCAUUAGACCAUGACACCGAUGGAAAGAGAAUUAAUGUAGCUGUAUAUCUUGGGAGUGAAAAAAAUUUCAAUUACAAUCUAAUAUCUAGUAAUACCUCGGAUAGUGGCAUCAUCGGCGAACCUCCGCAUUGUGUUAUCGCUAACGUUUGCAUCAGUAAUAAAACCAGCUGGGAUGCAUUGGACUCGAUCGUACGACGAUGUUUUAAAGAAUACGUAUCAAGAGUUGAUCCCGUUACGAAUUUAGGUCUUGGUAUUGACUGUGUCGCCGCUUAUCAUCUUGGUGAAGCUUCAAGGUGUACGACGGAUUCUCAACAUCCGGAAUUACUACCGUGCGGUUAUUUAAUAGGACACGUGAAAACAAUUUAUCUGGUGCUCUCUGGUUACUCUUGGCUCGCUAUCGACACUUUAAUACCACGUUCUAUUGUUCAACGACUAAUAUCUCUCUUAACGGAACAUCGCAGAGUUAUUCUUUGUGGACCUAGCGGUACCGGUAAAAGUUACCUGGCAGGGAAACUGGCUCACGCUCUCGUAGAUGCAGAUACAGACUCGAAAGACGCGGCUGCCGUAGCCACCUUCAUAGUUGACCACAAAUCAAGCAAAGAACUUAAACAAUACCUCGCUCAUAUCGCUGAAAGAUGCGACUCAAACGCAGCCGAUGAAUUACCGAGAGUAAUCAUUUUGGAGAAUCUUCAACAUGCCGCCUCUCUUGGUGAACUUUUCAGUGGUCUUCUCGGUACCAGACACUCAUCCUGUCCAGCAAUCAUUGGAACCAUGAGUCAGGCUACUUGUAGUACCACAAAUCUUCAAUUACAUCAUAAUUUUAGGUGGGUACUAUGCGCCAAUCACAUGGAACCGGUUAAGGGAUUUUUGGGCCGUUACCUCAGGCGAAAGCUACUCGAACACGAGUUACGUGAAUCAGGUGGCACGAGAAACGCAGAAAUGGCCGCCGUUGUCGAAUGGCUACCACGCGUCUGGCUACAUCUUAAUAAGUUCCUAGAAACGCACAGCAGUUCCGAUGUAACGAUAGGUCCUCGACUCUUUCUUUCUUGCCCUAUGGAAGUGGCAGGUUCUCAAGUUUGGUUCACGGAUUUGUGGAACUAUUCUGUAAUACCGUAUCUGGUUGAGGCUGUCAGAGAAGGCCUAACGUUGUAUGGAAGACGCGCAAGUGGGAGUGGAAAUGGCGAAUCCACAUGGGAAGAUCCUGCACAAUUUAUUACCUCCAGUUAUCCGUGGAUCUCGACACACGCUGUACACGGUGGUAGUGAUGCUCUUCUUCGUUUAAGGCCCGAGGACGUUGGUUAUGACGUCGUUACCUCUGGUCAUACCUCAGGCGUAGGUGCGUCUAGUGUAAAGAGCCUCGGAAGUACACACAGCGACACCGAAGGAGAUCCUCUUUUGAACAUGCUGAUGAGACUUCAGGAAGCAGCUAAUUAUACAAGUACACAUAGCAAUGACAGCGAUUCCGUUACUUCGCUCGAUUCUUCUCAUACUCGACAUUCGGAGGACUUGAGUUCCUCGACGUCAUCGUCAAGGGGCGUAGAAUCUGCGCUCUGAAAGAUAAGUCGUGCGAAAUCAAAAAUACGACUCGAGAGUAAUAUUUAGGAGAUAAUCGCCAUCGUACAUACGACGAUUAAAAAAUUAUGAAAUAAUAUUAAGUCAAGUAAUCGAGUAUUGAACAGAGAACCCGAGAUAGGUGAGCGAUGUGAUUUGAAAAAUUUUUCUACGAAAAAAAGGUGUCGUAUAACAUACCCUGGCGCGACAUAUUUCCAACGUGAAAAUUACUGAUGUUAAUGUAUGUAUAAUCAUACCAAUAUUAUUAUAUAUUCUCGGCCAUCCAAUAACUAUGUAUGAUACGACUACCGUACAGGAAAUUUCAAUUCCUUUGUUUUUUGUUAAUUAUUCUUUCUUUCCUUUGUAUUCUUUUUUUUGUAUUCUUCAAAGUAACUGCAUUUAAAUUGCAUGCAAAAUAAUGUCUCUCGUAUACAUUGAAAAAAUACAUUCAGUACCUAUGGUUGGCCUAUAUCUAAGUUCUACGUGCGUCGAGCACUUUGGUGUGAUAUUUAAUUAAAUAAGUAAAUGACAAGUAUAUAAGAGAUAUAAUUCCGUGUUUUUUCCGAACAAUAAUGAUCAUGCGGAGAUAAAUAACGUAAAUAACAUCUCUAUGCAAUGCAAUACUCAAUGCUGCCGUUACCGAAGUACGAAUUUCUUUUGAAUGAAUGCAUUUCUACGAUCGAGUUUGUUAUACGAAAAUCGUAUAGUACAGCCUAUAAAAAAAAAAAAGAAAAGAAAAGUGAUAUACUCAAAAGUUUUGCUGGUAUACAGUAUUAUCAUAGAACGUAGAAAGAUGGACUAAUAAUGAUCUAAGCGAAGAUGUAGGAAUGGCAGAAGUCGCUAUUCCACUCGUCCACUAUUUUCAGGUAAUCUAUAAUCUAUGUUUUCUUAGACGGAUCUCAUGGACGGAUGGUUCGAUGCAGCAUAUAUAUGUAUUUGUUUCGCACUCGAGAACGCGAAGCAAUUUGAGAUAAUCGUGCGCGCGAGGAUAGUCUAUUUAUACAUACUUUGCUACGAAAGCUCUAUUUAAUUAAAAAAGAACAAAAAUGUUACUAUAUAUAAUAUACACGCGUAUAUACGUCUCUCGACUAUACGCAUUCGUACACAUGACAAGUUAAUACACUUUACAUACAUAUACAUACACGUAACACGCAUGCGCCUGACAUAUACAUACACAUAUACACUUACAUACGCGGAUAAUGGCGCUAAAAUAUGUAUUAUGAACAAACAAAAAAAAUGAAUAAUAAUUAUUCGAUAAAAAAUGUGAGUAAUUCUGGUCAUGUAAUGUUGUAAAUAAAGUAUAUAAGGGUUAUUAUGCGAAGACGUUAAAGGAAAAAAGGAGCUUAUGUGGAAACUUGACUCGAAGUUUGGUACCAUAAGCUUUUAUUGAGAUUUCUUGUGGUGAACAGAAAGGAAAGUAAUCAUAUACUGCAACAUUACGCCGAAUUUGUAGUUUCUCUUUCACUCCCACAAGUUUCUCUUUACUGCUAAGUCCCAACAAGUACCACGAGCUACAUUCGCUAUAUACAUAUUGUACAUGUUAUCGAGCUGAGAAAACAUUCUCAGAUCCCAAUCUGUGACACGAACUUUAAAGUAUGUUAACGAUUAUACAAUCGUAUUAACAGGUUUUUUACGUUUGUACCGUAUUUAUACGCUGUACGGCGCUACAUCCAAAAUUUAUCCAAAUAAUGGUAAUUAUUGUGACAUAAAAUAAACCACAUUAAACUCUAA